AUGAUUCAAAAUGUUCCAGACAAAUGUGGUGGUCGAGAAGGAACUCAGAAUGUCUUCUUGCUGCUGGUGAUCAAAUCUCACCCUUUCAACCAGGAUCGGUGGGAAAUGAUAAGGAAGACUUGGGGCAAAGAACGCGAAUUCAAUGGGGUCCUAAUUAAGAGAGUCUUUAUUUCUGGUGUCUCUUCUGACCAAAAUGAAAGUAGGAAAUUGAAUCAGCUGUUAGCCUUGGAAAACAGAGAACACAGAGAUAUACUACAAUGGGAUUUCUUGGAUACCUUUUACAACCUCACCCUCAAACAAUACAAGUUGCUGCAGUGGGUCAGUGAAUUUUGCCCUAGUGCUAAAUUCAUCUUUAGUGCAGAUGAUGAUGCCUUUGUCAACACCGAUAACAUGGUUGACUACUUGCUAGGCAUGAAGGUUCAGCAAGACCUGUUUAUGGGCCGUCUCAUUUAUGGGUUUGGACCCAAACGCCAGAAGUCGAGUAAGUAUUAUAUACCAGAAAUAUUGACCACCAUCAAGUUUUACCCACCAUACAUUAGUGGAGCGGGCAUACUCAUGUCUGUGUAUACAGCUCCCAUCAUUUCCCACAUAGCCCAAGACCUUGAACUGUACCCCAUUGAUGAUGUAUUUUUUGGGAUGUGUCUGGCCAAAGCUGGACUAGCCCCACACUCCCAUAGCGGAUUUAGGACAGCUGGAGUUAGUGUUCCUUCUACCCAAGAUGAAUCUUUCAAUCCUUGCUAUUACCGUGAGUUGCUGCUAGUGCACCGUAUUCGGCCUUUUGAAAUGCUAUUGUUGUGGGAUGCAGUGCAUGAUGCUAAUCUGAAGUGUGUUCAUGCUCCCCAGAAGUCUGCAUCCACGGAAAGUACCACAUGA